AAAAAAAAUUCCGACAAGCAAAAAACCUCGCCAAAUUAAACUUCAAAAGAAAAUAAUUUGGAUGAAACCAAUUGCAACCGAAACGCCCCGUUACAGUUCGACGAGAGGAGCGAAAAACAGUUUCGAUUGAACGGGGUGUUUUUUCAAUUCCAACAACUCUAAAAAAUUGAUCAUCGAUAAUCAUCAUCAAAUCAAAUACAAAUUAUAAUCAAUAAAAUUAGGUUAGAUCUUUGAUUUGGAUCUUCAUUUCUGAAAUCUGAAUCUACAAAAAUAAUAAUCAUCAAUUUAGGUGUUCAAGUUCAAUCAUGGAUGGCAUAAUGAGCAAGCUUCGCAAUCUCGAUGCGUAUCCUAAAAUCAAUGAAGAUUUCUAUUCUCGCACGCUUUCUGGCGGUGUUAUCACUCUCGCUUCCUCCAUUGUCAUGCUAUUGCUUUUCUUCUCCGAGCUUCAGCUGUAUCUUCAUGCCGUAACUGAAACUAAGCUUGUUGUAGAUACUUCUAGAGGAGAAAAGCUGCGUAUUAAUUUUGAUGUUACAUUUCCCGCACUAGCGUGUUCUGUACUUAGUAUCGAUGCCAUGGACAUAAGUGGAGAGCAGCAUCUGGAUGUAAGACAUGAUAUAAUCAAGAAAAGAAUAGAUUCUCAUGGCAAUGUGAUAGAAACAAGGCAAGAUGGAAUUGGUUCUCCCACGAUUGACAAGCCCUUGCAAAGACAUGGAGGCAGGCUUGAGCACAAUGAGACUUAUUGUGGAUCCUGUUAUGGUGCUGAGACGACAGAUGAGGAAUGUUGUAAUUCCUGUGAGGAAGUUCGUGAAGCAUAUCAAAAGAAAGGUUGGGGACUCUCAAACCCAGAUGUAAUCGACCAGUGCAAAAGAGAAGGAUUCUUAGAAAGAAUCAAGGAAGAAGAAGGUGAAGGAUGCAAUAUGUAUGGCUUCUUGGAAGUAAACAAGGUGGCAGGGAAUUUCCAUUUUUCUCCUGGGAAAAGCUUUCAGCAAUCUGGCGAACAUGUACAUGACCUACUGGCUUUUCAAAAGGAGUCAUUUAAUUUAACUCACCACAUCAACAGAAUAGCCUUUGGAGACUAUUUUCCUGGUGUUGUAAACCCUCUUGACCGCGUGCAUUGGAAGCAAGAAACACCAAGUGGGAUGUACCAGUAUUUUAUUAAGGUUGUGCCGACUAUGUACACUGACGUCAAUGGGAACACUAUCCAGUCAAACCAGUUCUCUGUGACAGAACACUUCAGGACAGGAGAUGUAGGCCAUCUGCAAUCCCUCCCCGGAGUUUUUUACUUCUAUGACCUUUCCCCAAUUAAGGUUACUUUUACAGAACAACAUGUAUCAUUCUUACAUUUUCUUACUAAUGUGUGCGCCAUAGUUGGAGGUGUUUUCACUGUUUCUGGAAUACUAGAUUCAUUUAUCUAUCAUGGUCAAAAAGCUAUCAAGAAGAAAAUGGAACUUGGUAAAUUUAACUGAAAGAUCUUUUCUCAACACAUACGUUGUUGUUGGAGUACUUUCCAGGGAAUGGCUCUCGAAAUCUAUUCAAAGAGGAAGAUCAACUAGUGAAUGAAAUCCCCGGUGCGGUUCUAUGCGUUCUAUCCGUUUCAAGAUAAGGAUUUUGUCCUAAAUCUUUGUCAUCAAUGAAGGUAGAAAUGCUUGAUCAUAUCUUGUACAACAAAUGAUACUUUUCCAUGAUUCCUAUCUUUUCUGAAACAGCUGUGAUGAUGUAAUUCAUGUAAAUCUUACAUACUUUUUUGGAGAGUAAAAGGGCUUUCAUUUUCCUAUAACAAAAGGAAAUGUUAUAGGAAAAUUUAAAUCUAAAA